AUGGCCGGAGAAAAACCCCUUCUCGUCAUCCUAGGUGCCACCGGCAACCAAGGAGGAUCAGUUAUAUCCUACUUCCUCUCUCAACCCUCCUCACCCUACAAACUGCGCGGCGUCACUCGAAACCCAUCCUCUUCCAAGUCCCUUUCCCUCAUCGCCCGCGGCGUAGAAAUGGUCACCAGCGACUUCGACGACCCAUCUUCCCUCGAUGCUGCAUUCAAAGACGCAACCGCAAUCUUCAGCGUAACCGAUUUCUGGCAAUUCUUCAUCAACCCAUCCUUACGCGAGAAAGCUGCAUCCUCCGGCCAGAAAAUCGGGAUCCUAAGCCGAGACCAAGAAGUACAACAGAACAAAAACAUUAUCGAUGUGACUGCAAAAGUUGAGACGCUGGAGAGAUUCAUCUACUCCAGUUUACCGAAUACAUGCAAACUGAGUGGUGGGAAAUACUCCCAUAUUUACCACUUCGAAGGGAAAGCGAUUGCUGAGGAAUAUGGGAAAUCUAAGUACCCAAAGCUGUGGGAGAAGACGAAUGUGUUUUAUGCGGGUUAUUAUUUGGAGAAUUAUUUUGAUGCUGCCGGGGGGAUGUUUAGGCCUAGAUUGAGCAAGGAUAAAGGCACAUUGAUACUACCAGCCACGGCGCCCCUAGCCACAUCGGCAUUGCCCAUGUAUUCAUCUAUUGACGAUACAGGCGUCAUUAUAGACGCGCUUCUUCGCGCAUCACCCGGCCACAAAGUCAUCGGUGCCAACAAGUGGCUCAGUCUCCGUGAAUUUGCCCAGAUUCUAGCCCAGGUUCUCGAGAAGAAUGUCAAGUUCAUUGACAAAAGCCCUGAAAUGGACCAGCUUGGUGACCCGGAUUACGUUGAGGAUGCCAUAGACAUGGUAGGAUGGUUUGUUGAGUUUGGAUUUGAUGGAAACAAAGUUGAUAAGAGUGUUGAGCAGCCGAGUGAUUUGGGCGUGCCAAUUGAGUUGAGGUCGGUGGAAGAGUGGUGCAAGAAGCAGGAGUGGGAGAAGUGGUUGGAGGUUAUUGAGUGA